AUGAAUUUAACAGAGUUUUUCGAAAAGUUUAUCAUAGAAAGCUUUUCUGUCUACAAUACGCCCUUUAGAGAUUUUUGGCUCGUAACACUGUUUGUGUUCCGUUUCCUUGCCGUUGAAAUCAUCGGAGAGAAUAUUUUCAAAAGCAACAUUAGCGACGAAGGUGAUGAAGGAUUCAACUGCCUCACCGAUGUCAAGGCCUGUACUCAGCAGUGCUACAACAGAUUUAUCUUCAUGGACCACACGAGGCUGUGGCACUUUCAAGUUUUAUUUUUCUCCCUCCCGAUGGCACUCUUUUACUUUGUUGCUUCAUUCUACAACUCGAAAUAUCACACCCUAAGCAAGGAAUCAGAGAAUCUCCCCGAAAACUCUGCCGAAUAUACAAGAAAUCUUCGCAAAAUCGUUAAAUAUUCACAACUUGAAAACAGAUAUCACAUAAUGAAAGACGUAGAAGAGGAAAAUAAGAAACAAGUCACGUGGCACCCGAAUAUGGGGCGACUGUACAUGUGUCUAUGCAUAGUUCUUAUUGGCAUGGAAUUUGGAUCGCUCUACGCGGUCUACAGCCUCAACGUUUGGCAAAAUAAGAAAGAGCAUUUUUGGGAAUCAUGGAUGAUUCCUCGAGACUACACUUGUACGAUCGGCGCUGACCUGAAUCGUAACUCUUGCACGGACCCAAACGUCCGCUGCUUUCUCGACAAAAGCAAUCAAAAGACGCUUUUCAUGCGCUACAUUGUCUCGAUUCAAGUAUUUUCAAUCGUUCUACUUGUUGGCGACUUUUUCUACGCUGUUAUCCGCUUUCCCCGCUCAAGUCAAUCAUACAGAAAUAGAGUUUUCGGAUCACAAUCACAUAUCAAAAGGGAGAAUAACGAGUUUGGUGUCAUUCAUGAAUCUGUUAACAAAUAA